UAAAAUUACGUACAUAAUGACGGAGGAAAUAUUUUGUUGUAUAUAAUAUCUAAGUCGAUUUUAACGGUAACAGCGCAGUGCCCUGUAAGACAACGAUACUUAAGCAUUCACAGUGCAAAAUACUCCUUUCAGGUGUUAUGUACGACUCAAUUGCUUUCUUUUUCUAAUUUAAAUUUGAGAAGAAGCAGCGAUGGGUACAACACCAAGCCGUUAUGAGGAUUUUUCAAAGAAUGAACAUUUGGAGAAGUUCUGUGGAAAACAAGCCAUUUCUCCGCACGAUCCAUUUUGGAGCUCCUUCUUAUCUUACAAUAUGCGACCACCUAUAACAAGGAAUGAUCAAAUAGAACUUGACUCUCAAUUAGAUUUAGCCUGCCAACAAUUAUUGAAUAAUAAUCCAACAACCGGUAAUUUCGGUAGCUUGAUACAAGUUACAUUUAUUCGUAUAAGUGAGUUACUUGCACCUGUGCAGAACCAAAACAUAGUAUCCGCAUGGCAUACAUAUAAUGCAUUAUUUGCCGUAAGAUGUUUUUUAAAAUAUCUUGUGGAAACUGUUGGAGAAGAAGAAAUGAUUAAACAUAUAGAAGCAUCCGAGAUAUCUACAGCAGGGCAAUCAACAUCUUCGUAUAGAUUAGAAGAUCUUUUCGAAUCAUUAUUAGAACUCAUAACGGAUGUACCUUUAUGUGAAUUUACAUAUAUCGUUCAUUUGGAAGCAAUAAAUUGUCUACUUGUACUUCUUUCCGUACAAUUAUUCUCUCAAACUGCUGCUGAAUACAGUCCUAUCUAUAGAAUAGCAAUGCAUGCUCAAAGUAGCGAACAUGCACCGGCUGUAGUAUGUACGUUGUUACAUAAUUUUGUACAACAACAACAUGCACCAGCAGGAUUAUUUUCACAACAACCAGGUGGUAGUAUAGUUUUCAGUAUUGCUGCUGGAUUAUGGAAUGUAAUUACAAUGGGUAUGGGUCACAGCUCAAAAAAUGUACAAGUUUUAAGCAAUGGUGCAACGGAAGAAGAAGAAAAAAAACGAGAUACAGAAACCCCUCUUGCUAGUCAGUCUUUACUAUUGCUGUUAGUUUUAACAAAUCAUUGUACUGCAACGCAAAAUCCUUAUAGAAAUGCACUUUUUACAUUUACAGAUAUGCAAGAUUACUCUCCGUCUCAAAUGGAAGGUCACAAUGCGUUCAGAUUUAAUUUAAACAAAUUGUAUAGUACAAUCUGUAAAAUACAAAAUACUGAUGAAGUCACAUUACUGUUGUACAUGUUAUUGCAUAGAAAUCAGAAUGUGAAACACGACAUAAUCAGAAGAUCAGAUAUACAUUUAUUGGUAACACCAAUACUACAAAUACUAUAUCAUGCACCUAAUAAUACAUCUCAUCACAUUUAUAUGUCACUUAUAAUUCUUUUAAUCUUGAGUGAAGAUGAAACAUUUAAUAAAAGAAUACAUGAAAUUAUGCUAAAAGGUAUAACUUGGUAUACUGAAAGAUCUAUAAGCGAAAUAUCAUUAGGUGGACUGCUCAUUCUUGUUGUUAUAAGAACAAUACAAUACAACAUGUUUAAAAUGAGGGAUAAAUACUUGCAUACAAAUUGUUUAGCUGCUUUAGCUAAUAUGUCUGCUCAAUUUAUGUCAUUGCAUCCCUACGUUAGUCAGAGAUUAUUAAGUUUGUUCGAAACGGUAGCAAGAAAACAUGCAAGAUUAGAGGCAAAAAUAAAAGCAUUAUCUUCUGUUUCAUCCGAAAGCACAACAAUUAAUGUUAAUGGGACCGUAAGCAAUACAGAUUUAGUACAAGAUUUAACCAUAUUAGAAGAAGUUCUUAGGAUGGUACUCGAAAUUAUAAAUAGUUGUCUGACACAUAGACUUGCAGAAAAUCCAAAUUUGAUAUACACUCUUCUCUAUACUUUUUGUGAAAAAGAUAUUUUUGAGCCGUUUAGAUUACAUUCAGCAUUCCAAGAUAUUGUGCAAAAUAUAGAUCCUGUUAUAGAUUUCUUCUCAUAUAAGUUAGAACAAAGGGAUCAAUCUCAAUUGGGUGUCAGUCAAGUAUUGGCUAUAAUACAGCAAGGUGUUACCGAAUGGCCCCGUGAUCGUCUAAGAAAAUUCCCGGAACUCAAGUUUAAAUAUGUAGAAGAAGAACAGCCAGAAGAAUUCUUUAUUCCUUAUGUAUGGAGUAUUGUUUGUCAAGGAGCUUUAUUACAUUGGAGUGCAGAAAAUAUAAAAUUACAAGCUAGUAUUUAAGCUUGUCUGCGACAGAUUAAUCAAAUGUGGAAUGUGGAAAAUAGAGUGGAAAAAAGAAAGGAUGAAAAGAAUACUAUGCUGAUAUAAUAAAUUUAAACAUAUAUAAAAUCUAUAUUAACAAAUGUUUAAUAAUAUUUAUGUAUAUGUUUGUAUUUAUGGCAGAAAGGUGGAACCGAAUAGUUUGGAUUUUGUUUUAUACUUGGCCACUUUCAAUUUCAAUUUUAAUUUUCUUUCAUAUUUUGUAAAUGAAAUUUCUUUGAGUUCUUAUUCUUUUGGGUGGCCCCUUUACAGCUGUCCCAAACUUUCACUUUCUGUCUUGUCAAGAAAUUCGGAUAAAUAUUCGAAAAAUAAAUCGAAUAUACAGACAUAUGUACAGAUAGUAUUAAUCAUUUAUCAAUAUAGAUCUUCGUCAAAGUAAAACGAAGAUUACGGUUUGAUGAAUUGAAAUGAGAACACCGAGUCGUUCAAAUUUAUGAGAAGUAAUAGAUUUUAUAAAAAAAAUAUGAAAUUCUCUUUGAAUACAGAAAUCAUAUCUAUCCUAGUCUUUAAACUUAUGAUCGUAUUCUAAUACGGUUCAAAGAAUGAUUUCUUUUUUUCAUCGAGAUUAGAGAAGUUUGAAAUUUUUUAUGAGAUAAAAUAUUGACGUAGAUAUCUGUGCAGAUUUAUUUAAAUGCUUCAAAUUGCCUAGGUAUACGACUAGUGAUAUAUAUAGAUAUACAUAUAUAGAUAGAUUACUCGAAUUUAUGAGUAAAUUAUAAUUAUUAAAAUAAUCAUAAAAAAAGAAAAACAUAAGAAGAGAGGUAAAUAAUCUUCGGUUAUUGUAUAUAUGUACUGAAACUUUAACUUUUCAAAAUAUCUUCCUACUUUUAGUUAAAUUAGAUCAUUCCUUACAAUUUUGAUAUAUACGUAGAAAUGAAAAUAGUAGAAAGAAUUUCUUUUUUAUUAAAAUAAUAUAUUGAUUUGUUAAAGUCUUAUGCUAACACAUCGAACGAAAUGUGAUCUAUGUAAUAUAGCACUUAGUAUUUUUAUUACAUACCUUUAUUACAUAUGCGCAUUGACAUUCAUGGCAGUUGGUGGUAGAGCUUUGUGUAUUGCAGCUGUAUAACAAUGUAGUAUAAUUUCAUGUUUAAAAUUAAAUAACACAAUUUCACUAUUUUGGUAGGAGAAUUAACUUAUUAGAAGAAAUUUAAUUUUGACAGGAGAUAUUUUGUUAUAUUUAUCAAUGAAUAUUUAAUAUAUUUAAAAAUGCUAAAAUCAAUGCAACAUUUUUCUGCGUUUUAUUAAAAAUAUAAAUACAACUCUUGAGAAAUUAAUUGUGAAAGAGAAAAAAUCAUGAUUCGUCACGAGAUUGUUCAUACUUCAGAAUUAAUAUCACAAGAUGUAUGUAUAGCACAUUUUCCAUAAAAAUCGAUAUAUAUAUAUAUAUGUGUGUGUGUGUGUGUCUGUAUAUAUAUGUAUAUAUACAUCGAUUUUUAUAAUUGUUUUUAUAAAACAAUUCUAAAAUCUAUCGUGUGUGUAUGUGCAUGUACAUGAAAUGUUUUUUCAAACACUUAUCGUUGUAAAUACUUACUUCAAAUGCGCGCAAGUGAGAGCUCCUAUAUAUAAACACACAUAUUUAAUGAAUUAUUUAAUUAAACAGCAAUAUUGUUGCUAAUAUAACACGGCAUUUGUGUAGGUACAUGGUUUAUGCUGUCCAUGUUCAAAUAUAAAUGUAAGUUAACAUAUAUAUAUAUAUAUAUAUAAAAUAAAAAGUUCUGAUAUUUAUAUACAGAAGUAUGGAAUGUUUCAAUAUAUCCCAGAUAUAUUUUCGUUCGAAAUAAAAAAUUCUUGUACAUAUAAUAAAAGAAGAAGAUAAAGAUAUAUGUAUAUGAGAACAAAAGGAAAUGAAAAUGAAUGAAAAUAAACUAAUCGCUCUUGUUUCUUGUAAAAAAACAUUGAAAUAUUCUAGCUGUUUUUCUCACGCAUCAGAUAGAAUAUAUAAGUCGAUCUAUAUUUUUCGAAUGUACAUCUUUAUUAAACAAAUACAGUUGACGUCUUAAUAUUAUUUAUAUAAUAUGUCGAUAUAGAUCGUAUUUCAUUUUCCUAGCCUGUGCAGCGUAUAUAUGCGACCGCGCGCGUGUACGUGUGUCAUAUACUAUUGCUAACAUCUCUUUUGUUUGAGAGAACGAUUUUUUCUGUUGGAGAAUAACAAGGUAAUUUGACGUUUCUGUGCGUCGCGUGCAGACGCGCCGAGUAACUCAGUGUGUCGUACAUUAAAUUAAAAUUCAUAUUUCAUAAACAUUGCCUUAGCCAUAUGUCCACGUCACAACUUGAAACGUGCUUAGCGCGUAGAUAAUAGUAUCGUUACCCAUAAUAAUUAAAUUCCUUAUAGCUGUAUUCUAUAUUGUUACUUAAUCUUAUUAGUUAACACACAAUCAAUCUGCGAUGGGAGGGAAUUUAGUCGGCCCGUAAUAAUAAUCCAAUUACGGCCUAUAUCUAUUAUCAGUAGCUGAUUAAUUAUUAAUUUAUGACAACGUCGCUCUCUUGGAUAAUCUCGAUUCUCCUCAUCUCUUUUUUCUUUUGUUUCUUUUUCCUUUUUUUUUUUUUUUUUUUUUAAAUUAUUAUUAUUUUAAUCUUUUCUCUUUUCUUUUCUUUUCCUUUGAAAUUUCAAUCGUUAAAGGACGCGGCGUGUCAUUUUGCGCAUA